AUGGAGGGCAGGGUUGCCCCGCUCCUUCUCCCGGACAGCGUCCUCUUUGAGAUCUUCCUCUACUUGGACUACAUGGACCUGCUCUCAGCGGGACGGACGUGUCGGCAGUGGUGCGCCGUGGCCCAGGACGAGGUCCUCUGGAAGGAGCAGUUCUACCGGUAUUUCCGGGUGGCUAGAGACGUCCCUCGGCACCCAGCUGCCGUUUCGUGGUACAGCGAGUUCCAGCGUCUCUAUGACGCCAUUCCCUGCGUCGAAGUGGAGACCCUGAAGGACCACUGCGACCAAGUCCUCCACCUCAGCUUCUCCCACAACGGCUACCUGUUCGCCUCCUGCUCCAAGGACUGCACCGUCAAGAUCUGGAACAAUGACCUCAAGAUCUCCCUGCUCCACAGUGCCAGCAUGAAGAAGUACAAUUGGAGCUACACACAGUUCUCCCAGUUCAACGCAGACGAUUCCCUCCUCCUCGUCUCGGGGGUCUUUGUGGGGCCCCGGACCUCCUCCUCAGGGGAGAUUGCCGUCAUCAGCCUGGAGGACUUCACGCUCCUGUCCCGGGUGCGGAACAAGCCUUACGACGUCUUUGGCUGCUGGCUGAACGAGACUAACCUGAUCUCAGGGAACCUGCACCGCAUCGGCUACCUGACCUCCUGCUCUGUCUUGUGGCUGAACAACGCUUUUCAGGGCAUUGAGUCAGAGAACACAAACGUUGUGAAGAGGCUGUUCAAAAUCCAGAACCUCAAUGCCAGCACCAUCCGGACGGUGAUGGUGGUGGACUGCAGCCGCUACGCCACCCCUGACCUUCUGCUGGACCACGGGGAGCCAUCAGGGGAUGGCAAUGCCACCUCCUGCAAGGUCAUUGACCUCUCCGGUGACAGCGAGGAGGAGGAAGAUGAGGAGGAGGAAACGGAAGAUGGUCGGCAACGACAGCUGCCCCACAGGCGGAAAAUGGAACCAGACCCGGGUCCAGAGGGGGCCGAGAGUGAGGCUGCGGCAGAUGAUGAGCUGAACCACUUCCUGAGCGACCUGGUUCAGGGCCGCAUCCGUCCCGUUAUGACUGAGAUGGAGAUGGAGACUAAAGUGGCCCAGCUCCUGGCCCGGAACAAGACGAAGCCGCCGGAGCCCAACCUGCUCUCCACUGAAGGUGGCACCAAGAAGUACCUGAUCUUCACCACGGGGUGCCUCACCUAUUCCCCCCACCAGAUCGGGAUUAAGCAGAUCUUGCCACACCAGAUGACCACCGCUGGCCCUGUCCUGGGAGAGGAGAGGCAGUCGGAGAGGUUCUUUGACUCGCUGGACCAUGUCAUCGAUAUCCACGGCCACAUCAUCGGCAUGGGCCUCUCCCCAGACCACAGGUACCUGUAUGUGAACAGCCGGUCUUGGCCCCCGGGCUGCAUCAUCUCGGACCCCUUGCAGCCGCCCCCCAUCGCCGAAGAGAUCGACCUCCACGUGGUGGACCUCAAGACCAUGAAGGAGGUCAAGCGAGCCCUGCGGGCCCACCGAGCCUACACCCCUGGCGAGGAAUCGCUCUUCAUCUUCCUCGACGUCAGCAAGGACUUCGUGGCCAGUGGGGCAGAGGACCGCCACGGCUACAUCUGGGACCGGCACUAUGACAUCUGCCUGGCCAAACUGCGGCACAACGACGUGGUCAACUCAGUGGCCUUCAGCCCUGUGGAGCAGGAACUCUUGCUGACUGCCAGCGCAGACGGCACUGUCAGGGUCUGGCGCUCGCCCCGCACCGUCCGGAUCUUCCAGGCCGAGAAGCCCCGACCUCACAGGCCCCUCUUCUCUUGGGCCACCAACCAGAGACCUUGACCCAGGUUGGGGGCUACCACAUUCACCCUCAACCGGCUGACCUUAGCCUGUGCCUUGGUGCGGACGAGUUGGUUUCGCUCCCUCAGACACGCAAAGCCUUGGCCAAGAGCUGCAGAGGAUUGUGGGGUAGGAUCGGGGCCUUGCAGGGAUUCCUCUGCCUUCCUUGGACACUUGUUUUGUUAAAUGUAGGUUUGGCUCACACACACACACAUGCGGGAAACUCUCUCUGGCGCCUUUUCUGUUAAGACAUUAGAUGGGUCCUGUCACAGAGGUGCCAGCUCUCUUUCAAGCAGGGCUCCUGUGCCUUUCUUUUAAAAAAGCAGCCCUGGAGAAAUCAGACCUUUCCUGGCACAGAGGUUCCCUGCUGUUGAGGGACAUGAUGGAAGAGUUUAGUUUCUUGACACGCACAGAUGCUAGUUUUGAACUUUGCUUACUAGCACCUUGGAUCCCUGGGGAAAUCAGGAGGACAUCUGGCCACAUGCUUUGGCCGGCAAGAUGACCCUGACAAGGUUUGAAUUGGGAUGGACAACACCCUGUCUGUGAAUGGAGGGAAGGCUUGGGGAAAUUAAUUUUGGGGAACCAUGUCCAGAAUCCUGUUAAUGGCAAUGGAUGCAUCUUUUUGGACAGAGUGCAAUUCUGUAGCCCUCUGGCAAUGUCCCCAAAUCCCCCCUCCCUGGUAGCGCAGCCAAAGCAAUGACAGUUUCCCUUUCUUUAAAGCACUUGCAGAAUGAGAGGAAAAUUAUGUAGGAAGAGUUCAGGAAAGGAUGCUCUGCUUCACAGCGUGGCCACAAACACACUUAUAAAGCCACGGCUGAAAGGCUUGACGUUUUCCCCAGCUGCCUAGAACAUUAUUCUCCAGAACAAAGCACUUGCCUCCUAUUUAACUGUGUGGCACUGAACCUGAGGAUCUUUGCAUGGGGCAUCCACGCUCCCAGCACCCGCAAUGCCCUUGGCUGCUCCGUCCAACAUGGCCCCAAUAAAAGCUUUCCUUGAGCACAAAA